AUCCGUGUUCGUUCAUUUACCAACUCUCUCUCUCGUCUUUGACUUUAGGUAUCAAGAACUUCUUCUACAAGUACCAUAACAUCCAACAUCAACAAUGAAGUCCUUUAUUUUCACUUUCGUCGUGAUAGUUUCAUGCAUUUUACUGUCGCAGGAGUCUCUAUCAUUGGAGUCUCAGUCUACGACAAUGAUGACUACGACGACGACUAGGAUGUCGACGACGACUCCAGCAACAACAGCCAGUGAAACACCAUCUUCUGCUCCAAUUUCUGUUUCUACUCCAACAACUAUUGAGGCCUUGCAUCCUUUAGUUAAGGCUGUUACUGCACCAUCAACAGCAUCCCCAACAACAACAGCCACUACGACGAAGGCUCCCGCUGCCGGUCAACAACAAUGCAAAGAAAUUGGAAGCGCCUGCAGCGUUAGUGAUGAAUGCUGCUCCCGCAGGUGUUUUUCCUACCGUAGACGUUGUGCAUAUUAGUUAGAAAAAUAAAUGGAAAACUGACUCGUAUCUUGU